AAUGCCUUUCAUUACUCAUCAGAAAUACAGUCAACCCAUUGAGGUGACAUCUUACGGAGAUAACAGACCAUCUUCUAAUUAUCCCACUGACACAUUGACCAGUCGUAAGAGUAGUGGACAGUGCUGGAGUGAGCGGUCAAGUAGACAGUAUGAAGAAAUACCAGCAAUGUCAGGACAUUACACUAUCCGAUCAGAUAUGUCAGCCAGUAAUGAAGGACAACUAUACCAAGAGAGAUAUGUAAAAAACCCUGAGAGACAGUUGCCUUCACCACCAGAUGUUAUAAAUCAGUGACAUUUGAAUUGGUAACCUGGCAACAGUAAAACAAAUUGCCAUCAUUGAAAAUAUUGUUCUAAAGCAUAUUCAGUUUAUUUAAAUUAGUUAAGUGAGAAAGUAUUAAUUAAUGAUAAUGUAUUAAUGAUUUGAUUUUUAAGAAAACAAAUUUUUAAAAAUAUAUUUUUGGUUAAUUUCAUUCAAUUAUUUUAUUUUUAAUUUUAACAAAAUGAAUGGAUCAUAAAUAUUUCAUUCAUAGUUUUGAGAAUUUUAGGCAAAUCAUAUACAUUUGAAUUAAUAUUUGGAAGGCAAAUUAGAAUACUUCUCUCAAUAUUCCUAUCACUUACAGGAAAUAAUUCAUAUUUAGAUUGCAUAGAACUUCUGAUUACAUUAUCAGUUAGGGAUGUUUUACUAACAUUAGUUACACUGACUUACAAUAACCUCUUCUAAAUACUAAAUACUUUUGUUCUCUCUUUACACAAGUGGAUAUGAUCAAAGUUAUCUUCUCUAUAUCAUGUUGGUGUUAUAUGGACCUUUUACAACUGACUCUUAAUGGAACAGAUAUUGUAUGUUCCCCUUAUCUUUUGCUCUAUGUUUAGGGAAACAGAGCAUUUACUCUGAGUGAGGCUGGAGUAAGCAUCACUCGAGUCUCUCUCACACAACACACACACUUAUACACGUUUACUCUCACACACUCUCAAGCCAUCACACAUCCACAAAGGAAGACUGAGAGGAACUGCUGGUUCCCCACUGACUCACCACCAACACUAUUCCAUCAACAUGAAGCCAUUGUCACACCAUAGCAGCAGUGACACAGACAACCAUUAACAACAGAACACACUGGGAUCAAGUCACAGUUUAUACAACAAAGGAUUUUACACACAAUCAAUAUGAAAACAAUGACUGCUAUAAAAUGCUGCACCUUACACUAACUUGACUAAAAAUGUUAACAUAUUUAUGUAUCCUCCUGGCUUUCUUCCACUGUUGUUACAAUGAACUUAUCUAUAUGGUGGAGGAAGAAAAUACUGCUAAUUCUUACAUUGGAGAUAUUGCAGAAGAUUCUGGUCUAUGGGACAGUUUAAAACACCAUGAAAGACACUUACUUACAUUCAUCCAGCUACAGCAGAAUGGAAGACAUCUAUUUAAUAUCACUAAACCAGGGAAAAUGUUCACUGUUCAUCCAUUGGAUGCUGAGGCUCUCUGUAUUCUUGAAAAACAGUGCAUUCAAACAAUCAAUGUUGCAGCUCACAAAGGAAAACAGUUUAUAAAAAUUCUAAAAAUCAAAAUCAUUAUCGAAGACAUCAAUGACCACUGGCCUAAAUUCCCUGUAGAUCAUAUCAUCUUACAGUUUUCUGAAAUGGAUGGCCAAGACAGGAGAAAAUCAAUCCCAGAUGCCACAGACAAGGAUGUUGGGAGUCAAAAUCGAUUAAUUAUGUACAAAUUAAAGAAAAAACGAAAUUAUCCUUUUACUUUACAAGAUUUUAAAAGAGCGGAUGGAACUUCUCACCUAGAUAUCGUCUUGGAAGGUAAAGUAGACAGAGAAAUUAAAGAUGUUUACAAUAUUGAAGUUAUUGCUGAAGAUGGCGGGAAUCCUCCAAAACAAACAAUUCUAAAUGUUCAAAUAAAUAUCUCAGAUGUUAAUGAUAAUUCACCUGUUUUUUCUCAGAGAAUUUACAGAAUUAGUAUAAAUGACACACAUCCAAAACAUAAGGCAAUUGUUACAUUAUCUGCUUAUGACUUUGAUAUUGGCAACAAUGGUGAAAUAUCUUACUAUUUUAGUCCUAUCACGUCUGAAACAUCGAGUAAAUAUUUUACAUUAAAUACAAAAAAUGGAGAAAUUUUAUUGUCUACAAAUUUAAAUUUAGGUAAAUUGGAUACAUCGAAAAUAUUCAUAGAAGCCAGAGAUGGUGGCGACCCUCCUCUCAGUUCCAUUGCCACUGUUAUGGUAAAUGUCAUCAACCAGCAGAACAAUCCUCCAAAUAUUGAUGUGAACUUUAUUUCUACACAGAAUCACAACACAGCCACCAUUCUGGAAGAUAUCAAAGUUGGUAGUUUCAUUGCUUAUGUGAUGGUCACUGACAACGAUGUUGGACACAAUGGACAGGUGAACUGUCAUAUCAAAGACGACACAUUCAAACUACAGUCAAUGGGAUCAAAGGAAUAUAAAAUAGUUCUAAAGAAAGCAGUGGACAGAGAGGGCUUUGUGGUAUACAGGCUAGCACGUCAGCAUGUAGUGAGCUGCAAGAGAACCAAGAGAGAAUCUGCUGUUGAAGUUUGGUUUUUGUCAAUGCUUUCAGUGACAAAAGAAAAUAUGUUGAGCAUUUCAGUUUUGCUAACGUUCUUCUUCCCCUGCUGUCUCAGUUUUAACUUAAUCUACAAGGUAAAGGAAGAGACAAAUACACAUACAUUUGUUGGAGACAUUACAGCUGAUCCACAGUUUCAAGACGUAGUGCCAUCUGGAGACAUUGGUCAGAUUACAUUUAAUCAACUGAAACUUAAAGGAACACAGAUAUUUAAUGUUUCUGAAAGUGGGAAAAUUUACACAAUACAAACACUGGAUGCUGAAGCCCUCUGUACUUUUGAAAAGGAGUGUUUCCAGGAAGUUAAAGUUGCUGUUCAUAAAAGAAAUACUUUCAUAAAAAUCUUAAAAAUUAAAGUAGUUAUAGAAGACAUCAAUGACCACCAACCUGAGUUUCCAGACAAGGAAAUAACUUUACAGUUUGGAGAAGGAGACAGAGAAGGAAUGAAAAAGUCCAUUCCAAAUGCCAUUGACAAAGAUGUUGGAGUUUUAAAUAGUGUAAUUAAUUAUCAUUUAAAGGACAACGAGGAAAUGUUUUCAUUGUUAGUUUCUAAAAGAGCUGAUGGAAUAUCUCGACUAGAGAUUGUUCUAGAAAGUAAAUUAAACAGAGAAGGGAAAGAUCACUAUAGUCUGGAAGUUAUUGCUAAGGAUGGAGGAAGUCCAUCGAAAGAAAGUGUUUUAAAGGUAAACAUAGAAGUUCAAGAUGAAAAUGAUAAUUUACCUGUAUUUCAACAAAAACUAUACAAUAUUUCUGUAAAGAAAACACAAGACAAAAACAAAGCUGUUGUUAUUGUAUCAGCUGAAGAUCUGGAUAUUGGUAAAAAUGGAGAGAUUUCUUAUUAUUUUAGUCCAAAGACACUUGAGAAAAACAAACAAUAUUUUAAAUUAGAUAAAAUCACAGGAGAAAUAUUGUUCUCAAAAAAUACAAACUUCAAUGAAGAAACAUUUAAAUUAUACAUUGAAGCUAGAGAUGGGGGCAGCCCUCCUCUCAGUUCCAUAGCCACUGUUAUGGUAAAUGUCAUCAACCAACACAACAAUCCCCCAAAUAUUGAUGUGAACUUUAUUUCUACACAGAAUCACAACACAGCCACCAUUCUGGAAGAUAUCAAAGUUGGUAGUUUCAUUGCUUAUGUGAUGGUCACUGACAACGAUGUUGGACACAAUGGAGAGGUGAACUGUCAUAUCAAAGACGACACAUUCAAACUACAGUCAAUGGGAUCAAAGGAAUAUAAAAUAGUUCUAAAGAAAGCAGUGGACAGAGAGACACAGGAACAUUUAGCAGCUGUGAUAGUAUCUAUAGCUAUUGUGGUUUCUAUAACACUGUGUAUUGUGAGAUGUAACAAUGUGAGAAAUAGCUCCUCUGAAAGAACAGCAGAAGAGAAACAGGCAUACCAAUGUCGCAAUGAGAUGAGACAGUUGAUCUAUCAAGGUAACAACAGUGUACCUGUGAUGUCAGGUAAUCGAGGAGAGACAUCAGACAGAUAUGGUCAUUCGAGGAGCCAUUACUAUCCUGAAGACUGGAAGACAUCGACAAUGAACAGAAGUCUUCAAAAGUCUACAAAGAUUCCCAUCGGAAAUGACAUUAACUAUUCAUGGCAGUUGACAAUGUAUUUAUGCUUAUAUAAGGUUCUGUUUUAUCACCAGCAGAAAUACAGUCAACCCAUUGAGGUGACAUCUUAUGGAGACAAUAGACCAUCGUCUAACUAUCCCACUGACACAUUGACCAGUCGUAAGAGUAGUGGACAGUGCUGGAGUGAGCGGUCAAGUAGACAGUAUGAAGAAAUACCAGCAAUGUCAGGAAUCUAUGGUGGUGCCCCACCUGAUGUAUCAAGCACCAUUGAGAGAGACCAUUACCAAGACAGAUAUGUGAAACCUCCAGAGAGACAGUUACCUUCAACACCAGAUGUUGUUGUCAGUUAA